UUCGGUUUAAUGUUUCAGUCCGGUGCAAAACAGCGCACAUACAGAGACAAGGGUGGGUUUUCCCGUCGAUUUUAUUUACUUUCGGCUGUUAUUUGUUGUUAACUUUACAAAAUAGGAAAAUGCUGACUCAAGAGGAUGUUUCUUUCAUCGAGAACGAACUUUCCUUCGAAGAUAAGAUUUCGUUGAUCUUCCUGCUGUACGGUCAGCGCAAUCCGAAUUAUGCUCUGCAGACCUGGACUGUGGCCGCCUCGGUACCGGACAAAACCACCACCAGCUUCCUGGUUGAGUGGAUGGAUAUCGCCCAGCGAACGGAUUCAGGAUGGGAAAUGGAAUUGCUCGAGGCCUUAUCCAUACUAGAACAGAACACGCUACUGCUCCGAGUCGGUUGCAACGACGAGGCGCUCCGCCUGCUCUUUUAUCCGCGCACAACGGAACUGGCCGUGAAUGUACACCCGCUGCUGAAAGGGCUGUACCACUUCUGUGAACGGUUGGACGAUGCAAAUGCACGGAAAUUAGCCAAGCAACUCGGCCAACCGUACGGAGGAACCUCGGAUGUGGCAGAGAACUGCUUCGAGGUGGUCCUGCUGCGUUUGCUGUCCUCGGAGGCGGUUCGUUUGGGUUCGAAGACCGAAUCCCAGGAGUGUGAUCUGCUAACACUGUCGGCCGCUUGUAAAGCGAUCGAGCUGUACGAUGAGAGUUACUUCUUGAAAGGUAUCGCUGAUCACUUCAACAGCACACUAACGAAACAGCAGCAUCAGCAGCACCAGCCGCAGGAACAAUCGGAUGCUAGCUCCAAAAGUGAAACGCAGCAGCGCAGCCUUCGCUCCGCUGUGGCAAAAACCGAACCUGCACCACGUCGUACUGCUGCCGUCACUUUAGAGCGCUAUCACUUCGUUCCGGAGCGCGCAGGAAUAUUCCUGCUGGUUAAUCAGUUUAGUUUCCAUCGCGAAACCAACCCAGAGCUGAGCGAACUACUGCCAGCGAAACCCCUACGACCCCGCAAAGGAACUGCUGUAGAUAAGAAAGCAUUGGAGGAACUGUUCACCCGGUUCGGGUACGAGAUGAUUGUCGAAGAAAAUAUAACCCAUCUUCAGAUCCUGCAAUCCGUAUCCCGGGCGGUGCAAAAGGUCGAACCGACACAUUGCUCACUGGUAGUGUGUUUGCUUUCGCACGGUCAGGAAGGGAAGGUGUAUGGAACCAACAGCAUACCGGUAGAGGUGAAAGCCAUCCAGAGUUUAAUGGCGAACGAGCGUGUUACGGGCAAACCGAAGCUGCUGAUCGUACAAGCCUGUCAAGGAUCCGAGCUACAGUCAGCUGUACCGAUACCAAGGUACGAACACGAUGGAGCAGUUGUAUCCAAGGAACGGACCGCGUCGGUGUAUAUGGACUUUCUAGUUGCAUGGUCCACAGUACCAGGGUUCGCUUCGGUACGUCACGUCGACAAAGGUUCCUGGUUCAUACAGGAGCUCUGUACAAAGAUGCAGCUUCUAUACCAGAGUGAACACUUUGCCGAUAUACUAACUGCUGUGAUAGACGAUGUUUCCAGUAAGCGGGGCUACGGUAACGAGUGUAUGGUACCGAUCGUGCAGAGCACAUUGAGCAAAAAACUCUACUUCACCAGCCAGCCUUUACCGUCAUGUUAAACAUGCACCAUCGUUCUCUUGUAGAACGUAAAAGAAGUUGUUACGAACGCGUCAUGUAGCUAGUAUAGUGUUACUAGACCUGGAGUUAGUUAGGUGUUAGGUAAUGUCGUAUGAACGAAGGAUAGGUAAUGAGAGAAUCUAGCGUUAACUGUAUGCUAGUUGAAUUGUAUUUUAUAUUUGAUAAUAAACCGUUUUUUACAUUCCCAGUGGGU